AUGGCACUGGUCAUUCCCGUUGAAAUCUGCGAUAUGAUUGUUGAUCACGUAGCAACAAUUGAACAGGACUACUCGUUUCGCGAUUUCUUUCCCUAUGCGCUAGAGCCAGAUAUUCGCUCAGGGCUUAUAAGCUUGCGUUUGGUCAGCCGGAACUUCUGCGCUGCCGCGUCGCGUCACUUGUUCAAACAUAUUAAAGCCUCGAUUGGCUCCUCGGGGCGCGGCCGAAAUCCCCUACAAAGAUUUGCCGAAAUUUCAAGAAGCAAAUAUGCUGCACAUGUCUGCCAUCUAGAGACUGGAUACGGCCAAUGGGGCCUCGGUCAAGAUAUCCAGGAUCUUGCCGGGUUAUUGUCGCCUUGUCUUGCCCGACUGUCUAAUUUGCGCGUUCUCAAAUUCGGAGCCUCGUGCGAGUCAUUGACACGCGACCACGAAGGGACUGCUAUUAAAGCAAUCGUCAAUGCCUUACGAUAUGUGAAUCUACCCUAUUUAGAAGGGCUUGAGCUCUACUUUCCUAUAGCUCAUGACUUUGGAUACUUUUUCCCCAACCAUUCUACUCCAUUGCGAAUUCCCAUGGAGGAUCUACUGCACGGCCUGAAAUAUCUAGCUUUGCAUGUCACUGCAUUUACCAAAGAGCUGGGACAACGAUACUUGAAAACCCCCGUACUUCCCGCGCACGCCGCCUUGCCGAAUGACUUGCACGCAGCUCAUCUCCUCAGAUUAGUGGAGCUAGCUCCUAAUCUAGAAGCCCUCUGGAUCAGCAGUACAGACGUUCUUCCAUUCUACACUAUCCACUUCAGCCCAGCGCUUCAUCUCACCUCUUUAUGCCUCAGUCGAGUCCUCAUCACGUUCGACCACUUUCACGCGCUUAUAGAUCAAUGCAAAGAUAGUCUCAAGCAUAUUGAAUUGUCUUUGGUACAACUGCAUUCUGGCACCUGGUACAUGGUCCUCACGCAGCUACGCCAAUUACCGCACCUUAUAGACUUUUCAAUCAACUCGUGCGGGUAUCCAGCCACUGGUCCAAAUGCACAUCUGGUUGGACUGCUUCCCGCGCGAGACGACCCCGAGCCGCUUGAGACGAUGAAUUCCGCAGACUAUGAUGGACUUUGGGAGCUUAGGGAUUUUGUUAAUGCCAGUCGAAUCGCUUUGGGGCUUGAUCCGUUUGAGUGUACUGAUCUUCGCUGGUCUAUGUAGAGGCCCUUGCGCACUGGGAUGCUGAUAUGGAGAUGGGGGAGUGGG